AUGAGACAUAUCACACUUACCCAUUGCAUAUGGACCCCCUCGACCAAGCUCAUAUCUUUACCCGAAUCAUCAGCCAAUUCUGCUGCCCAAAAAGAAGCCGUCAACGCAGAGCUCCAGGAACUCAACGCUCUACACCGCGCAGUGGUCGCCCUCGACCCCCCAAACAUCCCCCCUCCACCUCUCCCCAUCAACCCCAAGCGCAGCGCUCAGAUCACCAAGCUCCGCGAUAGCGCCAAUACGGCCUUCCGCAAAUCACAAUACCCCGACGCCGUCCGCCUGUACACCUUCGCCAUUGACAUGGCCAUCUCGCGACCCGGCUGGGAGCCCGUUGCUCUCGCCCGUGAAGAGCUCGCUGGUCUGUACGGAAACCGUGCCCAGGCACAAAUGGCCCAACAGGCCUGGCCCGAGGGCCUCGUCGAUGCAAAAUGCAGCAUCGACUCAAAACCGACGGGCAACGUCAAGGCGUGGUGGCGUGUCGGCAAAUGUCUGGCCGAGAUGAGUCGGUAUGACGAGGCGAAGAAUUUCCUGACGAAGGGCCUGGAGAUUGAGGGCCGCGAGUCAGAAGGCGGAAAGGAGCUGAUAGCUCUGCUGGCAGAUGUGGAUGCUGUGCUGCAACGAUCAUAG